UUCAUUACUUCUUUUUUGGUUUUGAUUUUGGAAAAGAACAUUAUGAAAUCCAUGCAGAUGUUCAGCAGGGGUAGUUGCAGUAGUUUGCUGAUCAUCCUGGCACUCUUUGUGUCAGGGAUGGUAAUGCAAAUCGAAGCCGCGGCUGCCAAGUAUGACACUGUUAGCUGCUAUAAAAAAGGUCCAUGCUUUUUGAAGAAGAUACGUUGCCCCACUGAAUGCCCUUUCACUUCCCCAACUGACCCUCAAGCUAAGAUUUGCUCUGUCAACUGCGAUUCACCCAUUUGCAAAGCAGAGUGCAGAAAAAGGAAACCAAACUGCAAUGGACCUGGAUCGGCAUGCUUGGACCCGCGCUUCAUUGGUGGAGACGGGAUCGUCUUCUACUUCCACGGCAAGAGAAACGAGCAUUUCAGCUUGGUAUCCGAUACAAACUUUCAAAUCAACGCCCGCUUCAUCGGUCUCCGUCCUCAAGGAAGAACCAGGGACUACACCUGGAUUCAAGCUCUCGGAAUCAUUCUCUUCGACUCCAGCACCUUCUCUCUCGAAGCCACACCGGCAUCGUCUUGGGACGACCAAGUCGACCAUCUCAAAUUCUCACACAAUGGCAACGAUAUCGUCGUCCCGGAAGGCCAUUCAUCGCAUUGGAAAUGCAAAGAAACCGGAAUCAAAGUGGAGAGAACGUCCGGCAGAAACAGCGUCAUCGUAACUGUACCAGAGAUCGUUGAGAUUUCGGUGAAUGUGGUUCCGGUGACUAAAGAAGAUGAUAGAAUACACAACUAUCAGAUACCUGCCGAUGACUGUUUUGCUCACCUGGAAGUGCAGUUCAGAUUCUUUGGCUUGUCGUCGAAGGUUGAAGGCGUGCUCGGAAGGACUUACCGGCCGGAUUUCCAAAACCCGGCCAAGCCCGGGGUGGCAAUGCCGGUUGUGGGAGGCGAAGACGAGUACAGAACGACGUCGCUUCUCUCUCCUGAUUGCAGUGCUUGUGUUUUGUCUCCAGAGCAACUUGAGGAUCAGCAGAAGUACUAUUCCAAUAUGGCUAUGGAGUAUGGGAAGCUGGACUGCACUGGACGUACUACCGGAGGGAAUGGAAUAGUUUGCAGGAAAUAAUUAAAAAUCAAAACUAUAUAAGUUGG